AUGGAGAGUAGUCGCCGGAGGCCAAAGCUGUUUGAGCAAAUGACAGCGGUCGAUAACGGCCGGACCACUCUGGCAGCCGCUUUGACUCUCGAUGCCAUUUUGGGAAACGCUAAUAAGCGGCGCCAAACUCCGCCCUCUAACAAUCGUACGCUCCUGGAGAUUAUACUAGACGAUGGGUCCAAUAAGGACAAGAAGAGUUGGAAGGCGUUUCGAGACAAGAUCCGGCUCAAGCGGCCGGCCACUGCUUGGUCCUCCUCGGUUAUUAUUCCGGAUUCUGAUGAUAAUGUCCAUAGUGAUAGAUCUCAGUUACCAAGGAGCGGUUCUUUUCGUUCUGACCCGGAUGGCUCGACUCGGGUUGAUGAUGGAGUGGAACGUGCCCCGGUUUCAGAUCCGCCGGUUAUGAACUCUCUGUUGCAAAUGGCGCGGAUGGAUUCGGUUAGGGCUGGGCACAAUCCGGUGCAGCUGUCUCACGAUGAUUCGGCUGAUGUAAUCAUUCCUAGUGACGCUCCGCCGUCGAGAAGCUUCCGGCAACAAACUAACCGCGACGAUCCAAAUCGUUUGACUUCCUCGGUAACCGCCGUAUUCAACGUUGACAGCAGCGAUGACGAUGACUCUCCUCUGACUCGUCACGGCACUCGCCGGCUGGCAGCGAUAUCGGCGGAGGAAAGGGCAUCGUCUUUGAGAGAAGCAGCAGAAGCAUCCGCCGCGGCAGCGGGAAAUGUGCCGCCAGCAGCGGCGGAACAAGCUGUAACGGCAGUGAAUAGUGUUCCGCCAGCGGCGGAGGAGCCGGUAAGAAUGUCACUAAUGGAAUUGUUGGAAGAAACAACCCAACAAAUGGGGCUGAUGGGAACGAGUUACCUCAUAAGCGACGACGGUUACAAGUACGAGGUAGCGGCGGAGGAGGAAGAAGAAGCAAUGGAAGAAACAAUAGGGCGGAAGGAGCACGCUUGUUGCGUUUGCAUGGUUAGGCAAAAAGGGGCGGCGUUUAUUCCAUGCGGCCAUACAUUUUGCCGCGCCUGUUCAAGGGAGCUCUGGGUUCAGCGAGGCGACUGCCCACUUUGCAAUGCCUCCAUCUUAGAAAUUCUUGAUAUCUUUUAA